AUGCAGCUUUUACAGCUCUGCUGUACACUGGGUCUGUACAUAGUCAACGGCAGGCUACGAGGGGACUCUCUGGGUCGCUACACUUACAGCUCAGCUCUUGGCAGUAGCACGUCUCUCCACACAUCCGACAGCAGCCGGACUGAUCAGAGGAUGUUGUCGUCUGCACCAACCACCUCCCUUCCCACCUCUGCCACCCCUCUUCCUCCCCAUCAGAUGACCUCUGAUCCUCGCCAUGUUACCAUGGAAACCUACUGGAGAGAAGUGCAGAGCAUUGAGGAGGAGAAGGAGGGAGAGGAAGAAGAAGAUGAAGAAGAGAGGAAGAGUAUGGAUGAGGUGGAGAUGGAGGAGGCGUGGCUGACGGAGGCCGGUUUAUCCUCCCUGGUGACGGGUGUGGCGUCAGAAGAGGCGUUGCCGACACCCCCGGAGGUGCUGCUGUCCACAUUGACACGGCAACAAGCCGCCACUGUGAGGAAGAGGCUGGACAACUACAACGAGACUCUGAAGAUCAGAAACAGGCAGCCAAUCAGAGACGUCCGGGACGUCUUCACUGAGCUCCAGCCUGAUGAUGACUCAGCAGACAGAUGCCCCUCCCCUACCACUCACUACGCCGAGUCAGCACCGAGUCAACAUCAUACUACCACCAAAACCAUUCGCCGAAACACUCACAGAGGUCGACCAACUCUUCCAACUUUCCUGUUUAAUAAUGAACUACCUGAACACCCAUCAUCCCCCCCACACACAGACUGCCACCCACACACAGACCCCCCCCCACACACACACACUCCAGUCAUCUGUCAGUCGAGACGAGCUGAUUGGCUUCUGCGGGACUCUCCAUACUCAGAGGGCGUGGCUGAGCACAAACGGGGCAGGACUUGCUGGGACUGCCUGUGUUUCCAUGGAGACGACAAUGGUGACGUGCCGUUUGUACCUGUCUCACCCUCUCAGGGUCUGACAUGGGCAGAUGACCUGUCGUCAUGUGAUCUUGUUCGUCUCGGCUUCAUCUCUCACAUCGAGCUCUCCACCUUCCUGCUCACUCUGGGUGUCCAAACCAAACGCACCCGCCCACCGCGCAUCAGGACCCGGGACAGCGGUGUGUUUGGCGUUCCUCUGAACACGCUGUUGGAGAACGAUAGGAAGAAGUUUCCUGGAAUCAAGGUUCCUGUUGUCUUCCAGAAGUUGUUGUGUAUUUUAGAGCAGAGCGGCCUGCAGACUGAAGGGAUUCUCAGAGUACCAGGAUCAGCUGCUAGACUGAAGUACCUGCGGAGAGAGUUAGACAGAUGUUGUGGAGGGUUCGACUGGUCUGCAGUCAGACAGGUGGACGCUGCAGGUCUGCUGAAGCUUUUCAUCAGAGAGCUGCCGACACCUCUGCUGACGCACACACACCUGUCCACCUACCGCUCAGUGCUGGGUAUCUCCUCUGUGGUCCACCAGGUCCAGGCUCUGCAGCUGCUGUCCUUGUUGCUUCCUGAAGCUCACAGAGAAACACUUCGAGCCAUGCUGGUCUUCCUCCGUAAGGUGGUCUCUCAUCAGGACCAGAACAGGAUGUCUCUGUGGAACGUUUCCAUGGUGAUGGCGCCCAACCUGUUCUCCCGCCAUCACCGUGGCAACAAGCGCUCCGUUGCCAAGCAACGGGAGGAGAUGGAGGAGGCGAUGGGCGGAGCUCAGCUGGUCCGAUUGAUGAUCACACAGCAGGACCUGCUGUGGACGGUCCCCAGCUUCCUGCUGUCUCAGGUGAGACAGAUGAACCAGGCGUCCAAUCAGAGACAGCUCGGCCUGACCAGGACCAGGAGACGACUACUGAGGAGGAAGACCAACAGAGACCAGAGCCAGGUGGAGCUGUGUGAAGGUGUGAUCAGGGUUCACGCCCCCCUGCACACUAAGGUCUCCAUGGCGAUACAGCUUGAUGGACAGAUGAGAGCCAAAGAUGUCACCGCCCGCUUUGAGUGUGACAACAGUCCUGUUCAGCGUCUGUAUGAAGUCGGUGGCAACAUCACUGAGCGUCGGCUCCAUCCCGACUGUCUGCUGCUUGACGUGUACAGAGUGAAUCCUCACUGUGAUUGGCUGAUCAAGCCCUGACGGCCUGUCUCACGGCCUGUCUCACGGCCUGUCUCACGGCCUGUCAUGAUGGUGACUGUUAACAUUCAAACAGCAGCCCAGAUGUGACAUCACAUCCCUUCAUUCAUCAGACAAACAAACAAACAGCUGUUUUUUAAAUGUCAACAAUAAACUAAUAAACAGAA